AUGCUCUCUCUCUCUCUCUCUCUCUCUCUCUCUCUCUGUCCCCCACCUUUCUUCUAUGUUAAAUACUUCUGUCUUCUCGUAUCUCUCUCUCUCCCUCUCUGUGUAUUUCUUUCUUUUUAUCUUUCUUUCUUUUUAUCUUUCUUUCUUUUUUCUUUCUUUCUUUCUUUUUUCUUUUUCUCACUGAAGCCAAGAUAUUUCAAACAUUUCUUUCUUUCUUUCUUUCUUUCUUUCUUUCUUUCUUUCUUUCUUUCUUUCUUUCUUUCUUUCAUUUUGUCACUGAAGCCAAUUGAUAUCCUCAAUUAUAUUGUCUCAUUCCUUUCUUUAUCUUGUCUUUCUUUUUUAAAUAUGUUUCCUUCUUUCUUUCUUUCUUUCUUUCUUUCUUUCUUUCUUUCUUUCUUUCUUUCUUUCUUACUUUCGUUAUUUUCCAUUUCUUUCUUUCUUUCUUUCUUUCUCCGCGUUUUCUUUCACUUAUUUCUUUCCUCCGUUAUUUUUCCUUUCUUUCUUUCUUUCUUUCUUUCUUUCUUUCUUUCUUUCUUUCUUUCUUUUCUUUCUCCGUGUCUUCUUUCUUUCUUUCUUUCCUCCGUUAUUUUUCCCUUUCUUUCUUUCUUUCUUUCUUUCUUUCUUUCUUUCUUUCUUUCUUUCUUUCCGUUUCUUUCUUUUCUUUUCCGUGUUUCUUUCACUUAUUUCUUUCCUCCGUUAUUUUCCUUCCUUUCUUUCUUUCUUUCUUUCUUUCUUUCUUUUUUCUUUCUUUCUUUCUCCGUGUCUUCUUUCACUUAUUUCUUUCCUCCGUUAUUUUCCCUUUCUUUCUUUCUUUCUUUCUUUCUUUCUUUCUUUCUUUCUUUCUUUCUUUCUCCGUGUCUUCUUUCACUUAUUUCUUUCCUCCGUUAUUUUCCCUUUCUUUCUUUCUUUCUUUCUUUCUUUCUUUCUUUCUUUCUUUCUUUCUUUCUUUCUUUCUUUCUCUUGUAUUAUUUCACUUAUUUCUUUCCUCAGUGA